CCCGCCUCCUCCCGCCUCCUCCCGUAGCUGCUCUCGUGCGGGCACGCCAAUCGUCGAUAUACCUAAGCCCGGACGCACGCGACCCGCCCCGCCUGCCACCGACCGGGCCCGCCAGCCAUCGAUCCGUCAUGGGGGUCGCCAACAAGCGCACGAUGGCCAAGACCCGCCGCAAGACGAGGGAUCUCGAUCAGAUCAAGGCCGACCUCCUCUCGCCGAAGCACCUGGCCCAGUUCAAGGAAUCCAAGGCCCCCGAGGAUCUGCCGGCUCUGGGCAAGUGGUACUGCACCGAAUGCGCCAAGUGGUACGAGAGUGAGGUGAGCCUGGUCUUGCACAGAAAAGGAAAGCCUCACAAGAGGAGAGUGAAGCAGCUUCGCGAAGAGCCCUACACCCAGAAGGAGGCUGAGACUGCUGUCGGCCUGCAGACUGAUAACCGCGGCCCGUACCGGACAGAGUCUGGAGAGGCUACCGACAUCGAAGUACACAUGACAACGUGAAAUGGCUAUAGGUACCUAUAGCCAGUCCCUUCCAGACCGCCGGGUUCCGCAACUGCCCCCCGACCCCCUUCCCUCGAAGCACAUAUGGGAUGUCUUCCUACCACUAGCUAGUCAGGAAAGCUGCCGGUUGCACAAGCAUGCCGCCCCGUGGCUUGAGGAAGGCCGAUACCGGAAUCGACGGCGGCGACAAACUCUUCCCGUGGACGUGAGCGUCUAGCUUCGCUCAUCUAAGGCCACGGGCCCUCGGUCUGACGAGACCGCUCGGGCGGCCUCUGCCCGUUCCGGCCCUCCCCCCCGACUGCGCACCACCCCUCGAUGAUGAUGAUGGGCCAGGUACGCGGGACUGGCGGGUAUCAGGUGCGGCGAACUUCUUGGGUGUCGGUUGAGAGGCGGUUGGUGGAUGGUCUACGAAGGAUGUAUCCGUAGUC